ACUUGUACAAACAAUGAUUGAUCCUUACAGCUUCAUGUGAGGCUGGUCCAUGAAAGUCAGGGAAAGAGCUGUCAAAACCCCUAGCCUUGCCGCCCAGGCACCAGAUCGAAUCAAAAUCAUCAAGUCCCAAGAUAUUUAGAGCCAUAUAACAAGAAACCGUCUAUCUCUGAUUUUUCAUAUAAAUAUCUAUCCAAGCCUCAAAUUUUUGUUUUGCUUAGUUAAGCCAGAUCAACUAGAACUAGAAGUCUAGAAGUAGAAUCCCUUCUUCAAAUUCAGCUAUCUUCAUCUUCAUUAUUCUGAUGGAUAAGAAAGAUGGUCACCACAACAAAACCCUCUUGCCAAACCAGUGUGGCUCAAGCCAUAGCCAAAUCAUAGACGCACCACUCCCUCUAGUUUGGUCCAUUAUCCGCCAAUUCGACAACCCUCAAGCCCACAAGCAGUUCAUAAAGAGCUGCACCAUACGUGCCGGCGACGGCGGCACCGCCGGAAGCAUACGUGAGGUGAUGGUCAGCUCCGGCUUGCCGGGGAGUAGCAGUAUGGAGAGGCUUGACAAGCUUGACGACGACAAGCAUGUCAUGAACUUCAGCAUUGUUGGUGGUGAUCACAAGCUUGCAAACUAUAGCUCCAUCACUACACUGCAUAAAGAGGACGAGGAAGAAGAAAAGGGUGGCUCGAGAAAGACGGUGGUGACUCAGUCGUAUGUGGUGGAUGUUCCGGACGGGAGUAGCAAGGAGGAUACUUGUUUGUUUGCUGAUACUAUUGUGGGAUGUAACCUGAGGUCGUUGGCUAAAGUCACAGAGAAGAUGGCUGGUAAAAAAUUAUAAUCAACCACCUCAAUUUUCUAGGCUUAAAGGGUUUUAUUGAGCAUUCUUAUCUUACCUAGCCUGCUGCUGCUUAAUCCGGCCACUUUGUGAUUGUUCAUGUUGUUUUUGAGUCUUAUGCUGCUAUUUGUUGACUUCUUGCCAAUAAAUGUGUGAUAUUCCAGUAGUGUAUGCUAAUAGACUUCAUGUAGUCCGUUUCGGAUUCUAAGCUAUUGACAAUCUUUCAUUUGUAAUAUAUACAAGUUUGUUCAUCUUUCAAUUAUGUGAAUGAUUUAACCAAAUCUCCUAUACUUAACAAUUCAUGGAAAACAGACCUGUUGUUGUAACACCAUUUCAUCAGCCUCUUGAUUUGCUCCAAGAUAGCCCCAUCAUACUGAAAU